AUGACAGGAGGUGGCCGUCCCGACGUCCAAGUGAGUAGACUAUGCAUGCACCGUCCACGAUCACAUCUCUAUCCAGGUCCUUGGAGGAAUUAAUACAAUCAGCUGAUUGUGGUUUUUUUUAAAUGUAAAUGCUCGUCAGCUGAUUCAAUGAGAGGGAUGAAAGGAGAAGGUACAAUAUUGCAACACCCGUCGCCUAAAGACCUAAAGGCAACACAUUCCUGAUCAACGUCGCCCUGGCAGAUCUGAUGGUGGUGGGAGUCGUGAUGCCUGCUUCAGCCAUUGUGAUCCUAGCAGGCAUCAAGGACUCCCCGCUGGAAACCGUCUGCAGUAUCCAGUGGCUUCUGUCCAUCGUCUGCUGGCUUGUCACCAUCCUCUCGUUGCUCGCCACGGCGGCAGAGAACUACGCUCGUCUGUGUCUGUCACCUCAUUGCUACUCCCUGCUCACCAAUGAGUUCAUCACCCUCAUCAUGUUUGGCAUCUGGGUAGUCAGCUCCGUCUUGGUAGCCCUUCAGUUUUACUACGACUUGCUGCCUGACUACUGCAGUACCAUGACGUCCAAAAUUCUCCCCUACCAGGCACUGACGGCAGUCAUGUGUGUGAUACUGCCGGGGUUAAUUACUCUCGCGCUGUACUUUAGAAUCAUCAUGCAAGUCCGUCUAGCCCGAUCCAACCCGAACUUCAAGCCGCCCAUGGCUUUCAACUGGGACUACUCUCUAAUGAAGACCAACAUGUACAGCUUCUUUUGCUUCUUCGCCUUCUGGCUGCCCUUCGGUAUUAUCCUCUGCCUCGCGUCGACCAGGAAGAUCUCCGCUCUCCUGUUCUACAACCUGGCGUGGCUCGCGCUCAGCAAGUCUUGCGUCAACAACAUCCUCUACGCCGCUUGUAACCGCCACUUCAGGAACGCCUACAUCAACCUGUUCCACUACUGCUGCUGCAAGACUACAGUCACGUUCUCCAGGAGGUCUCGUCCUGAAGCAGUUAGGCCCACGGGAGACGUCAGAGUCCACAUCAUCCCUGGGUACAACAUGUAUUCCUACACCAGCCCCCAGAGAGCUAAUAGAGACACAGCCAAGUCCCCUGGUAAGCGAGGGGCGGCCACGAGGACUAGACCUAACGGCAGGGAUGUGUACGAGUUGUGAUCUUAACAUUUAAGUGUGGCUUGAGUAAUCGACUGAUAAAUUAACGUCCCCGUGCGGUGUUUCCUUUAUGUGCGAUGUUUGUUUAGAAGCAUUAAUUGCUCUGUCACACUGCCUCGGGAGCUUUGAAAUGCGUUUUGCAAAGUUAGGGUUGGUUCUAAAUGCCUGGAAUGUAUUAAUUUUUUAUGUUUCGUUACCAGCUUAUAAGAGAACCUUUUGAAUUAAACCUUUUUUGGGGAAAAUGAUAAUUACUUCGAUUUAUUUCAACAAAACCAAUAGUUGGACACAAAAUUCUUAUUCAAACAUUUUAUCCACUAGUUACAAUAAAUAAAAUUGGAAAUACCCUUUGCCCCUGCAAUUAACUGUAUUUUUCGUUAUAUUGCAUCAAAUAUUUAAACUAACAAAUGCACUUGAAACUUUUUUAGUUAGCUCACACAUCUCACAAAAAUGAGAUCGUCUUGUUUGGUUACAUAAGAAAACAUCUGGAACUGACAUAUUCAACUAUUUGGUUCUUGGGAGAGUAAAAAGUAUCACAUAUUACUCCGCCAUUACAAAAAGGAUUUUAAGUAUAAAUAACUGGCAAAUCUCUACGUUUCAAACCGACUAAAUAUUGACAAAGGGGGUUUCAUCGUAGUCAAAUAUACAUGGUUAGACAAUGAUAGUCACUCAUUUAACGAUAUCAAAAUAGCUUUUAAUCUGAUCUAUUUUAGUAAUAAAAAUCACCUAACUGUACCACAUAAUACAUCGAGUUAAAUAUACACAUUCAUUAUAAUUCAGCUAAUUAUUUUUCCCGUAGAUUUGAAAGAAUUACUCUUACCCUUCAAAUCAUGUAUUGACAACAGUCAUUUUUCCUACAGUAUAAAGAAAAAGGCGAGUAGUUAUAAAAUGGGGAAUAUACAAGUGACGAGCGAGUGUGAAAUGAGCGAUUCGUGCUUCUUGACUGUGUCAAUGUCUACUGUACGCUUAGUCAACACCAUAUUUAUACAGCUGUGGUUCAUGUCAUGUUUCAUGUGAUGAUUGUUGUAUCCGGGACAAUAUACAUGGGCACACUCUACACUAAUUGUCUACAACCUAAAUGUAAACCAUAUAUGUACGUAGCAAUGUAAUGAAUGUGUACCCAAAAGUCAUGUUAAUGAACAAUAUUGGCUGCGGAUAGUUCUGGUGAUGACGGUAAAAGCUAGUUACCAACGUAUGCCUAAUAUUUAAAUACCAAAAAAUACAGCACAAUUUAUUAAAUCUUAAUCACACUAUGAUGGUACUCACAACUCAAGAUUUGUUGAUAACUGUAAGUUAUUAGAAUGAUUAUUGUAUUACCUAAAAAUAUUUUACUAAUUUAUAAAGUUGAGCAUAAAGUACAAAAUCAACAGCUAAUAUAGUAACAAAGAGAUAUUGAUAUCCUUUGUUAGUUAGGUACCCCAUUACUAGGAUGAUCUUUAGAUGCGUUACAUUUCACCCUUAUGAAGAAGACUCGAAUUUCCAUUUUAACUCCUUGAAAUGUUAUUGGGUUCACUAAACCAACCUUUUUGGGGGCAAGUAAGUUGUUUUGUAUCGAACACUUCCAAUUUUAAAAGUGGCAACUAUAUUCCCUCCCCCAAGAAAUUGUAAGAAUUUAACGGUUCCCUGAUAUAUUAUAUUUUCUCCAACGAAAUAUGUCUUGUAACUUUGAUCUAAAAUAUUUGUAUAUCAGGGCAACUCAACAAAUUUCAGAGUGAUCAAAUGGAAUCUGAAUUGUUUGGUCAUUAUUUUUAUCUGUAUGUUGCUAGUACUGUCCCUAUUUUUUUGUGAUCCUGAGCAAAACAAAAUGUUUGCACCACAAAAAUUAAUCUUUUAUACUACAGCUAGCUUAGUAAAUAGGUAGCCUAUGCCUAUAAGAGAACAGGGAAAUAUUCUACAUGAUAAACCCAUUAUAAAAAAAAUACCUAGUAUGGUAAAAAGAAUCGGUGUGUAAAAUAACCAAUUCAAGGAGAGUGUAAUUGUAAACCUAAAACAUAAAAAUUAUCUCUUACAAAGAUCUCUUAGAUGUAGUAGAGCUCUAAAAAGGUCUUCGAUGGAUGCAAAUUAUGUAAUUUUUAUUUUGUACUAUUAAUAGUAAUAAAAUAGUAAACAUGCUAAGUAAAAACUAUGCUAAAAUAUUACAAGGGAAUUAAUUCAGUUGUAAUUCCAGAUCUAAAACAUUAGGCAGUACAUUCUUAUAAACAUUUUAAAAGAAAAAUAUGCUACAGAGUGAAUAUAUCUUAACGCGUACAUAUUGUUGGUGUUCAACCUAAAGUGUUAUAAUACAGAAAAGUGCCUACGUUAUUGUGAUGUUUGAUGUAUUCUUUGUAAAGAAAAUAUAACAACUUAAAAUUUCUCUUAGUGAAAGAAAAUGUUCAAUAACUAAACCAAUUUAAUCUUCAUUAACAGCCAAUACUAGUUAUAUACUAAUAUUGAUUCAUAGAUAUGUCAUAGAUGUAUAUUUUGUAUCUAUUUGUGUAAGUAAACUCACCGUUUUUGUGUCCACAUAAAAUAGAUGUCGUGACAAUAAAUGUGACAAUGUAUCAAAAGUACUUCAGUGGAACUUGAACAGCUUAAAGAUUGUGUAUAUAAUAGUACGAAAACAUAUUUUUGU